AUAAUGAUUUUUAUUUUCCACCCCGUUCCUCAGCCCUUCCGAGCCUCACUCUCCCCUCUGUUCUUGCUUUCCAGGAAGGAGAUGAAACCUUCGCGGUGCAUCACCGUGGCUACUGCUUUGCUGAGUCUGGUUGCCCUCAAAGCCUACAUUGAGUGGACUGUGGAGGAGGCUGAGAGGGUCCCGACACCUCACGGGGGGCACGGCGUCCCGACCACGGCUCAGCCCUCCCAGGACGACUUGCCGGCCUUCACCCUGCAGCGCUUCAACGCCUCCUUGCACCAGCUGCGCCAGAGCAUCCCUCGGACGAACGCUUACUGGAACGAGAAGCAGCACCAGAUCUUCCAGGACUUGGACGAUGGGCUGGUGAACACCUCGUGGAACGACUGUUCCGCCGGUCCCGAGGCAGCAAGCCGGGUGGCCAAAAUCAGCGACUUCAGCUCCUAUCCAGAACUUUACAGGAACUUCCUCCUCUACGACGAAUGCCGGAACUUCUCUCUCUUGAUCAACCAAGCGGGCAAGUGUUCAGGCACCAAGAACCGCACUUUCCUGCUCUUGGCUAUCAAAUCUCUGCCGGGGAAUUUUGCCGCCCGCCAGGCCGUGCGGGACACGUGGGGGCGCGAGGGCGAGCCCGGAGGGUUGCCCGUCCGCACGGUCUUCUUGCUGGGCACGGCCCAGGGCCGCUUGGGGCCUCGGCUCCAGAACCUGGUGGAGUACGAGAGCCGGAGCUACGGCGACAUCUUGAUGUGGGACUUUGAGGACACCUUCUUCAACUUGACCCUGAAGGACUUCCUCUUCCUCAGCUGGACCGCGGAGUACUGCCGGGAGGUGCGCUACGUCCUCAAGGGGGACGACGACGUCUUCAUCAACACGCCCAAGGUCUUGGAGUACCUGGGGUCUCUAGACGCCAACAAGAUGCUCUACACGGGCCAAGUGGUGGCCAACGCUUCGCCGUUCCGCGUCCGCCGGAGCAAAUACUACGUCCCCGAGUCGUAUUACGUGGGGCCUUACCCGUCCUACGCGGGGGGCGGGGGGUAUAUCUUCUCGGGGCCGCUAGCCCGCUGGCUCCACCUCAUCUCCCGACACAUCGCGUUCUAUCCCAUCGAUGACGUUUACACGGGCCUUUGCUUCCAAGCCCUGGGCAUCCUCCCCGAGGCGCACCCGGGCUUCCUGACCUUUGACAUCGCGGAAAAGGACCGCAGCGAUCCUUGCGUUCACAGCAGGCUGCUGCUGGUCCACCGCCGCAGCCCCCAACAGACCUUCCAGCUGUGGAAGCAGAUCACAGACCCGAACCUCAGCUGCUGAACGAUGGGAGUCAGGAACAAUGGGUUCGAGACGCUUCCUGCCGAGCGCUGAAGGCGGACGGAGGCAGAUGUUGCGCAGCCUUCUGUGUCUUUGUUGGACAUGAGGACCUCCGGUGUGCAGUUGAGGGAGGGAACGGCCUCCUUGAAAAGUCUGUGUGCGGAAAAGGGCAGAUCUGAGUGGCGGCGCCACUCCACUGCCUUCGUAUUCUGCUUGGGCGCUUCCUAGAGGCGGGGCCAGAUACGAAUACUGGGUCAGAGGGGCACCUCUCCUUAGGUUUCUGUUUUAUGUCUGCUCUGGGGUGGCAGCAUGGAGAGGGGAGAGGCUGGCCGGUGGCGCAGCGGGCAGCCCGGUAGAAAGCAGAGGACCAGAGGGGCGUUUUUCUGAGGAGUCGUUCGGAAAGGGUGGUAUCGCAGUGGCAGAGGACACGUCUGGCUGCGUCAAGGCCCACCUUCAAUCUCUUCGACUGGGGGUGGGGCCCUUUACUGCCAAAGGUCUGCAUUCUCUUCCGUGCCAUCUUCUGAGGGGCCGCAUGCUGGCGGUAGGCGUGGCCAGAGGUACAAGUGGGUGGAGCAAUGGGUGUAAAUUUGGCCUUUGUACAGGAGGCAGGUUUCUACACCAACAGACGCCGCCUAUCCUCCUCCUGGACAAGCAAAAGGUGUGAUCGGAGUUCAAGGAGACAUUUGUGGAAUCAUGGGAGAGUUGGAAGGGACCCCGAGGGUCAUCUAGUCCAACCCCCUGCAAUGCAGGAAUCUCAACGAAGGCAUCCAUGACAGGUGGCCAUCCAUCUUCUGCUUAAAAGUCUCCAAGGAAGGAGGGUCCACCAUCUUCCAAGGGAGACGGUUGCACUGUUGGAACAGCCGUUUGGGGUGUGAAAAAUGGCCAAAGUAGGGUAUGGCUUGGAGACGGGGUAUGACCAAAGGAGAGUUCUUCCUGGUGU